CGUCAAUCUGACUCGUUCCUUCGCCUCAGCCUCAACCUUUCUCGAUUCUUCCUCAUGUCGUUGCCUUCUGUCUCUUGAUAUCUUGAACAUUGUUGCGCUCAAAUCCCUCGUCACGUCUCUCGUUAGCCAAUAGUCUUGAUCUACAUUCUUCCUUGAUCGCGUCAAAACAUCGAACCAAGGGCACCAGAACAAAAGACCGCAAGAGAAAGACCUACGCGUAUACUUUGGAUCACACCAUACCAUGGCAUUAUAGAGGUACGGGGAAAGAGCAGGAAGACCCAGACUAAAGCAGGCCAGCCACCAUGCUCCUACACCCCUUCUGUCUCCUCGCCAUAUCAUAUCUCUCGAUCUUACCAGUCUGCUCCCAAUCGAUUUCGACCACCGUGGUGGUCGCUACAACGGUCACCAGCUACUACACUGCGGCGGCAGCCACGGCACCUCUAUCCCCUCAAUACACAGAUUCCCUUGACUUCCGCACCUCGAUCCUUAACUCCACCAACUUCUACCGCUACGAACACUCUGCAUCGUACAUAUAUUGGAACACAAGUCUUGCACAGUACGCGCAAUCAUACUCAGAAAAGUGUGUGUGGGAGCACUCCCACGGUCCCUACGGUGAGAACCUCGCCCGCGGAUAUGCCAACGUGACCGAGGCUGUGGAAGCCUGGGGUAACGAACGUUCGAUGUAUGAUUUCAACAGCACCGAUCCGACUGGGUUUACCGAGGCGACGGGCCACUUCACACAAUUGGUGUGGAAGAGCACACAAGCCACAGGAUGCGGCUGGACGAAUUGCAAUGGCAAGAAUGGCCUGGAAGGCGUCUUCCUGAUCUGCGAGUACUACCCGCCCGGGAACAUCGUGGGAGACAACAACAGUUACUUCAAAAGCAACAUCUCUCCGCAGAAGAGCGGCGGGGAAUCCGGGUUCAAUGAAGAGGCUGCCACGCAGGGUGCAACGGGCGGAGUUCCUUCUUCCACCACGGCAAGUUCUCCUAGUGCCAGCGCCACGAGCUCGGGUGGUGAAUCGGUGGGCAAUCCGAACCUCGAAGUCGGUGUGAGCAGAGUCUUUGCCACGAUCUGCGUGACUGUCGCGGCGGUGUUGUUUGGCUGGGGCAUGUCAUGAGCAUCACUCAUGUCUAAACGAGACUACGAUUUCCUUAAUAUGUUUGAAACGAGCGUCAAUCUUGGUUGAUGUCCCAAAUAUGGUUGACAAAGUUAUAUUUAUGGUGAGGACGAUGAUACAACGGAGGAAGAUGUUCACGCGAACCACUAUCAUAGCAUCAGAAGCGAUGGGCAUAGCAUGGCAGACGUCUGGGUCGAU